GUUUAGCGUUUAGUUAUCUUCUGAUAACGGUAGUAAAUAAACGUGUUUGAAAAUCAAUCCUUUUUGGGUCCUGUCAAUCAAUACUCAUACAUCUAGACAUUAAUACAACAUACUAUAGGAUACAUUUCAAAUAGCUAUUAACAAAAAUGCUAAUGAAAAAUGAGUUAAACGAUGUUCAAGUGAGUGGCAAAGAAGAAGAAGCUCACGGUGACAGCAUUGCUCUUUAUAACGGAACUUUUAAAGACGGAAGUGUUGUUGAAGCUGAAAUACUUGUCGGGUUUCCUCUUCAACGGAUCGAUUCGGUGUCGAAAACAGAAGGACGUAAAAGAACGCUGCACGUGCACAAGAUAUUGCACACGAUAUGUAUCUACAGCAGCAUGCUCUUUAUAGGCUGGCGCAGUGGUCUAUUUGGCCCUGUGUUUCCUGACCUUCGUCGCCUGAUGAACGAGGAUCUAGCAGUGUCCUCGUUGAUCUUCACCGGGCUCUCGCUAGGGGUUAUAUUUGGCGCCAUUUUGAGCGGUGUCAUCCACGAGAAGACUCGUAUGCACAAGGUCUACAUCUGCUGCGGCAUAACGGCAGCUUUAGGCGUCAUCACCGUCAUCACACCGUGGUGUCCGUACUUCGCGGGCAUGCUUGCGUUACACAUUGCACACGGGGCAUUCGUGGCGUGGAUAGAUACUAGUACGAUAUUGCCCCUUUAA